AUGGCAUCUCAAUUCAUAGGGCUGCAGAUGGUGGUCACCCUGCGGGAUCCCCCUACGAGACUGCGUGGUACUGUCAGUGAUGUCGAGGCUGGCGUGGGCUUGACCUUGAGCAAUGUGUGGACGCUCGAUACCAGCCAGUGGCAGCCGAGAGUGGCCAUCCAUGCCGCAAACAUCGUCGACCUCUCCGAGGUACCUGCUGCUGGUCCUCCACCGCAGGCAGCUCCCAUGCCUACGCCACCCAUUGCGCCUGUCCCGCAAGCUGUCCCCCAGCCGUCCAAGACCGCCUUCGUGGACCCCGCCAUUCUAGCCGUGGGAAAGCCUCCUGGAGGACCGCCGAAGCAGGCCUCACAACCUAAUACUAGUGAGAGGAGGGAUCCGCACCCCACGUCUAUCUCGUCUGUGCAAGCUGAAGGGACGUCUCGAGACGCUACGCCCACGGGAAGCGUGCUGGAUCCAUUGAAGGGCUUGCGACUUGAGACGGUAGCUGCCGGAGACUCUCUGCCGUUGGAUGAUUCUGUCGGCCCCGAGGCAGCGGCACAGGAGUCCCAGACCGGAGGACAGAAGAAAAAGAAGAGACAACGGCAGCCGCGCAGUGCCCGGAAUGGUGCGCCGGAAGAGGCACCAGAUGCGUCGCCCGCUAGGGGUACCAAACCUGCAAACAGAGGCAAGGGCUGGCGCGAGACGCCCAUGCUGCAGGACACAACAUCUUUCCAGCCGUUCAAGUCGCUGAAGAAGAACGGCGCCAAGGGCCAGGCCAACGACAAUGGGUGGGCAUCUGAGGACGUUACGGACGUGCAGGAGAUGGGCGACUUUGACUUCGAGGGCUCACUCGCAAAGUUUGACAAGCGCACGCUGUUUGACCAGAUGCGAAAGGAAGAUCAGGUCGACGAGGCUGAUCGUCUAGUGUCACACAACCGGCAGCAACGGCCCAAGCCUGGCACAGCUGGUGGCAAGAAUUUGCAUUACUCGGAGAAUGUUCUGGACCUCCCCACCGGCGCCACGAAAUCCGAGAAGGUGUCACCGAUUCCGUCAAAUGACUUCUGGAACAGCGAGGCAGAUGAUGCUGCUCCUCACGGCGGGGAGCGCCUCAGCGGUCGAGAUGGUAGCAGACAGAGCUCGCGCCGGGGCGAGAGUAAGCUGUCGGUCACGCGCAGGUCGCAGUCACGGAAAGCCAGCGCUGCCACCGCCAUACAGGGGCCCGCCCGUGUGAACUCUGGUGUAAGUAUUCGCGACAACAUAGACGCCUGGUACCGGUCGAAGUAUAUUGACAAGAGGAAGCAGCUCAACACGUUUUCGUCGUCAGGGGGCUUUUACUUGCAGCCUUCUAAUCGCCGUUUGGAGACAGUGUCUGCGCUACAGAUGCUAAACCUCGAGAACAUUGCUCACAAUGAGCUGGGUCUCACUGAAGACAUGAUGACUGAGAACGCUGGCAGAGGCAUUGCAGAAGUGGUCUUGAUGGCGCUUACAGAUCCUGCGAUCAAAGUUCGAGUAGGAACUACAGAUGCAGUUGGGGGCUCUAACAUCCCACCUCCCACAGUUGUGAUCCUAGCAGGGAACAACAAGUCCGGUAUCCGUUCUAUUGCAGCCGGUCGUCAUCUCCGCAACAAGGGCAUCAACGUCUUGCUGUGCGUAGUAGGCAUAGAACGUGGUGACCGCGACUUGCUCGAGGACAUGCGGCAGCAAGCGAGACUCUACAAGAACUUCGGCGGGCGGAUCUUUACAAAAACAGACCUCUUCGAUCACGUACGUAAAGCCAGCAUCCCCGUCAUAUCAAUGGAUGCACCCCGCAGCGUGCUUCCUCAAGUACCUCCUGCGGUCACUUUGAUAAUAGAUGCGCUCCUGGGCCUCGCAGUCUCCUUUGAUGAGCUACGCACCGGUGACCAAGCUACUGUCUACGAGCUAAUUGAGUGGGCGAAUCGCAACGAGGCGUUCGUACUUGCCAUUGACGUACCCACCGGCAUUGACCCAUCAUCAGGCAAAGUCAGCAUCAUCGACGGCAAUCGACUAUACGUGCGCCCUCGAUACGUGGUGUCGUUGGGCGCACCAAAGAAGGGCCUCCUGGAAGCCGUCCAGGCGGGAGAUGUCGCCGAUGAUGAGACGGUGAUGGGAGACGCCGCGGCUGCAGACGACGCUGUGGUGGACUGGAAGCUGUUCGUGGCCGACAUGGGCCUGGGCGCGGCGGCGUGGAAGAAGGCCGGCACCAAGAUACGGCGGGGCAUCGAUUUUGAUAACAAAUGGGUGCUCGAGAUGCGAUACCAAAGCCCUGCGGCAGGCCAAGGCGAGGAGUAG